AUGAUGGCAACGAAUUUGCAACUGCGCGAAACUAGCAUAAGAAAACCACGCCGGAGACGAAUUCGAUUCCGCCGGACGGGAAAUUACACUAAAUUUCUGAAGAAUCUCCAUUCAGAACAGUUAGCUAAGCUUGCUCUGAAGAACCAAAAUGAAUGUGAACUUCUCGAAGACAUCCGCCAAUUUACGCUCAAGCGUUCAGCAAUUGAAAAGUCAUACAGCGAAGCGCUGCUUAAAAUUUCGUCAGCAUAUCUCAACAAGAAGCAGGCAUGCAUACCGGAAAUUAAAAUGGAUGGAGCCGAAGAGAAAUGGAAUAUGUGGAGCGUUUGGCAAACCGUACUGGAGGAAAACGAAAAACUAGCCCGAGCUCGCCUAGCAGCAGUGGAAGUAUUUCAGCAACAGAUUGCCGACGAAGCGAAGCUGCUCCGCAGCAGCAAAUUAGGAAGCAGUAAAAAAUGCGUCGAACAUCUCGGUCAGGUUCAGAAGGAGUUGCAACUGUCCGUACAGGAUGUGGAUAAAACGAAAAAAUGUUACUUUGAUGAAGAACACUGUGCCCAUGAUGUACGCGACAAAGCACGGGAUAUCGAGGAAAAAUUGAAAAAGAAAAAAGGAUCGUUUUUCCAAUCGAUAACUUCUCUGCAGAAGAACAGCGCCCGAGUGACCUCGCGCAAAGAACAACUGGAGGAAAAGUCGACAGGCGCCAGGAAUGACUAUAUUUUAAGUUUGGCCUCAGCUAACGCACAUCAAAACCACUACUUUACCAUUGAUCUACAAACCACAAUGGCAACGAUGGAAAAUUAUGUUUACGAACGGGUGGCCGACUAUUUGGCUCUUAUUGGUCGUACAGAGUUGUUGACUUGUUCGGCAACGCAAAAUUCAUUUGGGAAAAUUCGCGAUCAAGCGCAACAGUUGACGCGUGAGUACAAUCUCCAGUGUUGUUAUCUGUAUUAUCCGGUACUAAAACAGCAUAUUCAAUAUGAGUUCGAGCCAUGCGACAAUGAUCCGAUCAGAAAGAUUACUGCAGAUCACGAAUCUGCUGCGGAGACUCUAAAUAGGGAAGGAAAACGAUGGGCCGGACGCGUGGCCCGUGAGAAUAACGUAAUUAGGGAAAAUGCCCGAAAGCUCGCUGUGUGCACAGCAUUGCGCGAGGCUGGACAUCGCAAUGAUCCUAACGAUCAAAAUGGGCCUGAUUUGGAAACAAAAAUUGACGAAUUCCGCGAAAAUAUACGCAAAGCGGAAACCGCCAAGUGUAAGGCAGAGGCCAGACUCGAAUGUCUGCGGUGCGGCGGAAUUAGCGUCGAUGAAUGGCUGCAGGAGGCCGAAACGCUCAGCGUUCAAGAAAUGCCUCGAUCGGCCAGUUCGUUGUCGAUGCGUACUGACGCUUCCGGUCAAGGGGAAAAUCCGAGUUCCGAUUCGUUCUAUGACAGUGAUAACGCCGAACAGGAUCAGCCGAUAUCUGAGUCAUCUCCGGCUCCGAAGCAACCAGAACCUCCGAUUGAUGAUUUCCCUGUGGAAAGUGACGAAGAUGAAGAUUUUGAAGUGGAACAAGAGCGUCAAAAAAUAGAACAAAUAUCUCACGGUUGGGACGAUCCUACUCAGGUAGAUUGGGGAGCAGAGGAGGCAGCAGCAGCUGCUGCAAGUGCAGCUGCUUCCGCUCCCGCACAACAAAUAAUGGGACAAACAUUUAAGUGCACCGCACUGUAUUCUUACACUGCACAAAAUCCAGACGAGUUGUCCAUAGUCGAGAGUGAGCAAUUGGAAGUUGUUGGUGAAGGAGAUGGCGAUGGGUGGCUGCGAGCACGUAAUUAUCGUGGCGAGGAAGGAUUUGUUCCUCACAAUUAUUUGGAUGUCGAGCGUGACACUCCGGUCGAUACUCAUACGCCAGCGCAGCUUUCAACGCAGAUAUCUUUCUCUUCGGUCGACUACACAGUGGACAACGAAGAUCAAGAUCAAAUGCACGAUUCCGGGCAGUCUCCUGAUCAAAUUUCGGUGAUCUCGGCACCGAGAAAGGUUCAUCAAAUGUACUGUAUUGCAUUGUAUGACUACGAUGCUACAGCAGAAGAUGAACUCACUUUUGAGGAAGGCCAGAUUAUCAAACUGAUAACCAAGAGCCCCCACGGAGUAGAUGACGGAUGGUGGGAGGGUGAGUUGAACGGAAAAAUUGGCAACUUUCCCUCUCUGGUCGUGGAAGAAUGCGACGAAAAUGGGGAGCCGUUGACUGAUGCCGAGGACGAAUCUCCGCCACCAUCCGCUCCACCAACAUUUGCAGCACCUGCACCACCUCCAAUGGUUCUCCAGGAAGCAACGCCACCGGAGGGUCAAAGUCCAAACCUAGACAACAACAGUUCGGUACCAGCGAUUGAUCGUUUCGAGUUUGAAAUGGACAAUAACCAGCACGAUAAGUAUGAUUCGCAGUUUUCCGCUCCACCACCAUCGCAACCGCCACCAGUUGUAAUAUGUGAAGAACCGGAGGCCGAAGAGAUGGAAGCUGGACUCAACGAUACAGCAGCAGCUACUGCUAGCGAAAAUGAGAAUCAGCUUAACUUUGCUCAAAUUAUUGUAACGGCAGCUACUCCUAUGCACGAGGAACCGGACAAGAAAUUUCCUCCACCGCCUGAUGACCUACGGGAAGAAGACGAGGAGGCCGACGAUAAUCAGGCGGAAGAAAUUGUCGAAAAGCAGGAGCAAGAAACUCAAGAAGUUAGUGCAAAAGAAAAGUCGAAGGUAGAGUCUCCGCCAAAGGAACAACCCCAGCCGCCAAAACAGGUACCUCCAACGAAACCACCAACUCUGCCAAAACCUGUAAAGCCCCCAUCGCCACCGAAACCGGUGAAAGCGGAAUCGCCGCCAAAGGAGCAGCAAAAAGUGACCUCGCCACCGGUCAAUGAAACACUGGAGGAAGAAUCCGACGAAGAAUCUGCACCACCACCUUUGGAAGAGCCAGCCGCUCCCUUCGAGGCCACAUUCGAGGCCAAUUUUGAAGCCAACUUUGCUGCUAACUUUGAUGAUGCUUUUGGAAACAGCCCAGCUGAAAUACCGAAGCAGGUCGUUGGUGGCAGAGCGAGCAUACCUGAGGAACUCGAACCGCAUCAGUUGGCGCGUUUGCAAAAUCUCAAGGAGUCUAAUGCAUAG